AUGUCGUCCCAGCCUGGCGGCAAGACAGCGAGGUCACCGUUGCCGGUGCUCGGGGAUCCUGCGCUCAGAGCAGCUGCGAGGACAUACACAUUGGCGCUCACCCUCUCACUUGGGCCCGCUCUUGUCCCCUUCAUCGCUCGACGCGGCACGGUCGGCAAAUUGCUUUAUGUUCUCAAGCGUGAACUUGGGCCGACCGGCUUUGCCUUCAGCAUGACCGCGGCGGUUAGCGGCGGUGCAUUGCUUCAGCGUCUCCUCGAUCGUUUGGCGCAUCCACGGGACGUUACCGCGGGCUCGGACGGCGGAAAAGGUCUGAAUCACUUGAACCUCAGCCGUUGGAUUGCCUCAUUGUCAUCGCGUCGGCGAGCAUUCAUUUGCAACAUGCUGUCAUCCCUUCUCACCGUCAUCUUGCUGCAGCGCGGUGCGCGAUACCGACGCCGCAUCAGGAAACGUCAAGACAUCCCAUUCACGCCAGAAAUCGGUGAUGCCGGGAAGGACGUGUCCCCCACGCUAGAGUUGACCUUGCUUUUCUUCGUCCGAGCAAUAGACGUGCUAGUGCAAUCCGGUUUGAGGGAUUGGCUAGCACCUAAGGGUUCGGGGCCGGAGUCGAAGUCAAGAAAGAGGGACAGACUCUUCAAAAAUCCGGAGCAGUUGACCGCUCACAUUGACGCCUUCGUGUUCUGGGCAUGUAGCGCGAGGAUCAUGUGGUGCUUUUUCUACAAACCACACGCGCUUCCGAAGGCAUACGUCAAGUGGAUCUCUAACCUCGCCGAUAUCGAUGAUCGAUUAAUACUUGCGCUCCGGUUCAUACGCUCGGGAGAGUGGUCUUACGUCCGGGGAUCGACUCCGACAUCUCACCCAAAGCUCGUCGAGGACCUCGCAUUCAAGGUCGGCUGUCCUCCCGCAUGGGGUAACCCUGCCUUGCUACCCGCAUAUGGCGGUCCCAAAGCCAAUGUCAUCUGGCGUGGUCUAGAUGUGCCAGGACGUGCUUGCGUCGGUGGUCUUCCGUGCGAAAUCGUGCACGGAGGAGAGGAGAUGCAUAGUUGUGCCGUCAACGCUGGACGGCGGGGAUUGAGAGCAUUCUUCGAUGCGCUGAAGAUAUAUAUUCCUGUGCACAUCCUGCCGGUUCUCAUUUCGCGCCCAGCGCAUCUUCUAGACCCACACUCCCUUCUACAUCGCGCCGCGGCCAUCGUCCGGAGCGCAUCCUUCCUCGCUUCAUUCGUUGGAUCCAUCUGGGUCGCCGUAUGCCUCACCCGGACCCGUUUGCUCGCGCGUCUCUUCCCCUACAUCUCACACGACUUUUGGGAUGGACCGCACGGAUGCAUCUUGGCGGGAUGCCUCGCAUGCGGCGGGAGCAUAUGGAUCGAGAAUGGCAGGAGAAGAGGGGAGAUGGCAUUGUACGUCCUCCCUAGGGCGAUCCGAUCUUGUUUGCCGGGCACUUGGAUCAGGUCCAGAGGCUCUAUCGCUAAUGUGGCAGAGAGGCUUAUUUUCGCCGCGUCUCUUUCCUCGCUCCUUACUGCAGCAGUUCACGGGCCCAAUUCCCUGCGGGGACUGUCUCGCUUAGCUUUGGCACUCCUCGUGGGCAGCCCUGAAAAGGAUGCGGGAAACCCACGGUCGGAUGAUUCAACACCAACUUGA